AUGUCAACCGAGCCGUACCAGCUGACCGCAACAGAAGUCUUGGGCAAGUACAAGUCCGGCGAUCUCACCGUCGCGCAAUACGCCGAGUCUCUGCUUAGACACAUUGGCGCUCGCGAUAAUGUCGUGAAGGCGUGGGCAUAUCUGGAUCCGGACCAAGUCCUGGAGCAGGCGAAAACACUGGACAAAGUGCCCAAAGACCAGCGUGGCCCACUUCACGGCAUCGCCGUUGCGGUCAAAGAUGUCAUCUACACAAAAGGUACAGUCUGGUGAAUCAUUUGCAACACGCCCCUGCUACGAUCUGAUGAUGGAAAGGCAUGCCGACCCAAUUCAACUCGCCGAUCUAUGAGAAUGACCAGCCGGAAGUGGAUGCUGCCAGCGUCAUCAUGCUCCGUCAGGCUGGCGCCUUGAUUCUGGGCAAGACCACUACAACGGAAUUCGCCGCCAAUACUGUCGGCACGAAGACGACAAACCCUCACGAUCCAACACGAACACCCGGGGGCUCGUCUUCCGGAUCUGGUGCCGCAGUUGGUGAUUUCCAAGCACCCUUGGCUCUUGGCACACAAACUGGAGGCUCCACCAUCCGCCCUGGCAGUUUUAAUGGAAUCUAUGCCUUGAAGCCGACAUGGAAUGCAAUUUCACGAGAAGGUCAGAAGAUCUAUAGCCUGGACUUUGACACGAUUGGAUUGUAUGCCCGCUCCGUGGAAGAUCUGGAGCUCUUGGGGGGCGUCUUUGGCCUCAAAGAUGAUGAGAUACCAGCACCAAUUACCGCCGGAGUCAAGGGCCUAAAAUUUGCGUUCUUGAAGACGAUGUUGUGGGAUCACGCGGGAUCAGGCACCCGUCGGGCAUUCGAAAAAGGCAAGCAGCAACUGGAGACAGCUGGAGCCGAAGUCGAAGAGAUUGAAUUUCCACCGGAUUUCACCAAGCUACCAGAGUGGCAUACUUGCGUUCUAUAUUCUGAAGGCCGGGUGAUGUUCCGACCAGAUUAUUUGAAAGCAAAGGACAAACUGGGGCGGUUCUUGCAAAGCCAUGUUGAGGAAGCACAUGGGUACAGCCGCAAGGACUUCCUUCAAGCAUUCGAUGGUAUUGCAGCCCUUCGGCCGAAGUGGGACGCCAUCGCUGAAAAGUAUGCCGCGGUCGUGGUACCGUCUGUACCAGAUGAGGCACCCUCAGGGCUGGAGAGUACAGGCAGUGCCGUCUUCAAUUCUAUGUGGACGGCUCUACACGUGCCCGUGAUCAACAUACCCGGAUUCAAAGGAGACAAUGGAAUGCCAGUCGGGCUCAGCUUGACUUUGGCCCGAUACAACGAUAUGGCGCUACUGAACGUUGCAAAGGAGGUGAGCAAGGUGUGGGCUGAGUAG